AUGGGAAGGGGUUUGGAUCCUGUUAUAGAGAUGAGCCAGCUGGGGUUAGUGUUUGGGGAGUGGGCCUGGGUCGCAGAGAGAAGAAGAAGCAAGAAAGAGGGGAGAACCGGAGAGAAUGGGGGAGGAACAGGAAAAGAAGCAGAAAUUCAUGGGGAAGAGGAGGAGGGAGAGGAAGGAAAAGCCAUAGGGAUCUCAAAAAGCAACAUCUUUAAUCGCCAGUGUCUGACUUGUUUAUGUACUACAGUAGCCUUGAUAGUAGCUCCUGGUGUUUCUAAUUCUGGACAAAAUGCAAGUGCCUUGGAUGGCAAAGAGCGAGCUGUAUGUCAAAAUUGCGGGGGUAGUGGUGCUAUUAUCUGUAGGUCGAGGGAAACUAGUGUGUCCCGCGUGCCUGGGGACUGGUUUGCCGAACAACAAGGUCUUCUAAGGCGGCCAGAUGCACGGCAGUUGCUUGAAAAUAUGUAUAAUGGACGUUUAUUACCAAACUCUUUAGGAAAAAUCUUAUCAGAAGUCCACUCUAAAAGAGAACUAGCUCACCAGAAAUAGAUUUUCAAUAGUAG